UCACUGAUCGAUAUUUACAUAGCAUGCCUAAACUUUCUAGACUUUAUCUGUACUGAUUAUUUGUUUUACUAUCUAACGGGUCAGAUAUUGCAUGUUUUGAAAACAGAUUUUCACAAAAUAAGUAGUUGUAGACACAUAACAUAGUGUUCUUGGUGCAUUAAUACACAGGAUAAAAAAGUACACUUUUAAGAUGGAAAUAGCGGACACGUUCCGACCAUACUCUACUAAAGCUUCCUUAUGGAAACAGGUCGACGAGCAGAGUGAUGUAUGCGAUUUCACCAUCAAAGUCGGGAACUGGGAAAAGAGAUUUCAUUCUAGUAUUAUGAUGGCGAGCCCAUUCUUUCAGUGUGUCAUCGAAAGCAAGUUCAUGUUGUGUACGCCAGCAUGCAUCGAGCUUACAGACACGGGCGCUUCAUCUGCAGAGAUGGCUUUAAUGUUUCUCUAUGGCAAGUGCCCUAAACUGAACGAAGAAAACAUCGGAGAGUUGUUCAAUCUUGCUGAAUUCAUGCUCAUACCAAACCUAAAAGCACUCUGUGUAAAAUUUGCUCAGUUCAUGACCAUAAGAAAAGAAAACGUAACAACCCAACUAAAGCUGGCAUCACUUUACGAAUUCGAUCAUCCACGUGCUCUUGAGUAUGUUCACAGUCAUCUUGAUGAUCUUCUGGCAGAUGAUUCACUUAUACCAGCUUCAAAAUAUUUCAUUCAGUCUCUUUUUGCUAAUGAUUCUCUUCGGUAUGUUUCUAUGGACACCAGACUGCAGUUUUUGAUACGUUGGAUUCAGUUUAAAACAACUGAGAGGAAAGGUGUGUUUCAAGAUUUCGUAGCAUUACUAGAUAUAAACCAGUUAAGUGAAAACAUUAUUCGUAGAGCAGCAACUGAAUUAGGAGCACAAUGCUGUGCGAACUUAUUACAUUCCUAUGUCAGUUUAGGUGGCUUCAAACCGCGGGAAAUAAUUGUUACGGUCCCGACACAUCAUUCGUUUCAUUCGAGAUGGUAUGACAUAAUUAACGAUCAAUGGAUGAAUCCUUAUGUUUCCAUCGACAUGAUGUUUACUUAUAGACACGCCAACACAUUUGCCUGCGCUCUGAAUAAGUCUUCAUAUGGGGUAUGCUUUUUAUCGAAUAUAAAAAUUGUUGAUGUUCCGACGAAAACAAAUAAAAGUCUCAAUUUAUGUAAACAACGCACUAUCACAUUUAAACAUGUGUGUGCAAACUCCACUGCGGUGUUCGCAUACUCUAUUCAAACGGUGCAAGUAAGAAAAAGUGAAGAACAAAUAAAACUCGAAGAGAAUAUCCGCGAUGCUUCUUCACAUGGCAUUUGGCACUUGCUUGGUGAGGUAUCACCAACAGCAACAAUACGUAAACUGGUAUUUCAUAUAGGGAACAUAGAUUCGUCAUCUGAUGUUACGAUGGAACCAAUAUUUACUUUAAAUUCUAAUGAAAGUGUCAGUGUCUGUAUUAACGAAAUGCACACUUGUGCAAUCGUGAACAAAGACAACAUAAUUUUAUUUGACACCUUGACAUAUAAAAUGGACACGUUUGCAAAUAUAUACUUUAUUGGCACAUAUCAGGUAGUGCCUCUUGGUGAUGGCUUCGUUGUUCACGACAACACACUCGCAGUUUGCAUACAUAAAUUAUUUGGACCAUGUCUCAAGGACCGCUAUAGCUUUAGAGCGUUUACUUUACCACAACAAAGGGAUAUUGACGGUAAUAUUCGGCCCGGUCGACUCCAAUAUCGACUUGUAGGUAAUAUGUGGAUUCGCCGAAAAGAGGAUGACAACACCGUUUUUGAGAGGUCUUUAGAGAGAUUUUCUCUGCAUUCGAUAGCUGAUCCAAAAGACUUUUUCUGGAAACCAUGCAAUAUGCCUGUUGUCCAGGGAUCUGAAUUGUUUUCCCUUAAUACAACUGCCAUUCUGCUGAGGGUCCCUAAGGAAAUACUCAGAUGCCACGAAGAUUGCCCACAUUGCAAGGCGCUGCAACAGAAACGGCCAACUUAUGAAACGGACGAUUUUGAAUACAAAAGAAUACAGGGCUUAUGGAAAUCGGAUGGAACUGAUUCAGACGAUGACAGUUUUAAUCAAUACGACCCCAAGCGAAAUGAUUUUCAUGAUGAAUAUGAUAAUCGUGAUUGUUAUUAUGAUGAAUCGGGUGCUCUUAUAUUGGCAAGGGCGGUGCACGGGGUAACGUAUCCGCGGAAAUGCGAGACCAAAAAGGAGAAUGGGUACUACCAUGCGUGUGUUCGACAAUGGCAACUCACCGACAAAAUCUCACGAAAGUAUUCUGCAUUCCUUGAGAAGCCACACCUCUUCGACGAAAUUUGCGAUUCAAGACCCGGGAAGUCAGUGUAUAACGUAGAUACGUGUGUAAAUCAGAGUGUCUCACCAUGGUGUGACGUCAUAGUCGAAAGUUGGAAAGCUUACAAGACACAGGUCCAAACGAUUUGCAAGUUUAGACACGGUGCUCUUAUAUUGGCAAGGGCGGUGCACGGGGUAACGUAUCCGCGGAAAUGCGAGACCAAAAAGGAGAAUGGGUACUACCAUGCGUGUGUUCGACAAUGGCAACUCACCGACAAAAUCUCACGAAAGUAUUCUGCAUUCCUUGAGAAGCCACACCUCUUCGACGAAAUUUGCGAUUCAAGACCCGGGAAGUCAGUGUAUAACGUAGAUACGUGUGUAAAUCAGAGUGUCUCACCAUGGUGUGACGUCAUAGUCGAAAGUUGGAAAGCUUACAAGACACAGGUCCAAACGAUUUGCAAGUUUAGACACGACUUUGAACGCCUCCACAAGCUAUGCAGAAAUGACACACGGUUUCAGCAGGCGUACGAUGAAUGCCACAAAGUUUACUCCAUCAACAAGAACAGUGUGCCCGCGUGCACUGGUGUCCAGAGCCUUUUAGGCUGUCUGGACAACAGCUUGAACGUCUACUGCUCGAGAGAUUCGCAGCGAUUCUUUAAAAUGAUCUUCAGGGCGUCACUGCAGUACCACAUUGAAUUCCUGUGUCACAAGUACACCAAGGAUGUACCAAAGUCAGUACAAACAGUAUCUCCAAUCGACGCAUCGGAUUUGUCAACGUUAUAUGAACGUUACGAAGACUACAAUGACCGCCUUGAUUAUGUAGACAAUAAAAACGAAACGAGAGGCAACACACAAAUGCAUAAGGUUAACUGUAGUGAGCCGUCAAGAGACUCGACAAAUGGAUCGCGUGACCAUGAAAGCUUUUUUCGCACAGUGAUCGUCUAUACUAUAUUUAUUAUUAUCCGUUGAAGAAAAGGACAAAAGGUAGAAAGAAACAUUCAAUACAAAAGGUAUUCGAACAUGUUUGGUUCAGUAUUGACCGCGGACUUGAAAAAAAGCAGUAUUGGUGUUGCAUGCUGGUGUAAGGAGACUAUUACAUUAUCUAUUAGUUAUGACGUUUCCUGUGACAGUUUUAAAUGUGUAUGUAAACGACUACACACCUGUGAAAUCCAUACAGUUUUAAUGCAAAGAAGCAUAUGUGGGUAAAACACCUUCGGUUGCGUUCAAUUCAUUAUUUGAUGACAAACUCCGUGAAAACGUUUCUUUAUUUCGCAUACCGUGUCAUUCUUAGUGUCUCAACAUACUGUUUUUCAUUGUGGAUCUUAUUUUUCCGAACACUACAACUUUUCUGCAUACCGCAUUUUAUUUUAACGUUCACAUGAGACUUCAAACAUUAUGUUUCAAGAUCGUGCAUACUGGCGAUGUCUACCAGUAUGGUAAUAAACUUAAUGGUCGUUGUUACAAGCGAUCAAUCAUAAGAUGAUAUAUACAAUCCUUUUGCAACUAUAUUCAUUAUUCAUCGUUUUGCUCAAUAGUCAUGACAUUUUAUGUUUAAC